AAUUUCUUUAUUCAUUCCAGAUAACAAAUAGAAUGAAUGGAAUAGAUUGUAGUUUAUCCAUGAUGGAAUGAAUAAAGAAACAAAAAAGAAUGAUACUCACGCUUGUCAGCUUCUUAUGUCUGUAAAAAAUCAAAAGAAAAUCAAAAACAUACAUAUGUACAUACAAAAUGGCAGAAAACCUUAAUAUUUCGUUGAUUUUUGCUAAAAAAAUCGCAUUUCAUUUACUUUUCGAAAGUAGCGAAAGUGAGGACAGUGAUUCCGAAGGCGGUAUACGAAGAAAAGUGGAAAAAAAUAUGGGAUAUUACGAAAAAGUUAUCCCCAAAUUUGAUGAGCUACAAUUUCUAAGACAUUUUCGAGUACGUAGAGAAACGUAUGAACGUCUAUGUCUCUUAAUACAAGAUGAACACGGCGUUUACGCAAAUCAUCAUUCCGGGCAGCCAAUGAUUUUGAUAGAAAAGCAAAUCCUGAUAACCUUGUGGUAUCUGGCUAAUAUGGAAUGCUUUAGGUCAAUCGCUGAUAGAUUUGGUGUAUCCCCAAAAGCAAGUUGGUCAGCAGUUACAUUUGUAUGCAAGUAUUUGCUCAAAAUUAACCGCGUUCUUGGCAUAAUUUCCUGGCCGACAUCUGAAGAAGCACAAAAUACUGCAUCGUAUUUUGAGGAAAAAACCAGAUUUCCAGGUGUUAUUGGGUGUAUUGACGGCAGUCACAUUCCCAUAGUUAAGCCUAAGCUCUACCCUAAUUCAUAUAUCAAUCGGAAGAAGUACCAUUCAGUAUUGCUACAAGCAAUAUGUAAUGAACGAAAGGAGUUUAUUGAUUGCUACGCUGGCGAAGCUGGAUCAAUUCACGAUGCAUGCCUCUUUCGUAGAUCUAAAGUGUUUAGGAAAAUUUCCGAUGGUACUAUUUCCAUACAACAAGACAAGCACUUACUUGGUGACCAAGGGUAUGCACUGAAGUCCUACCUAUUAAUACCAUUUAAGGAUUGCGGAAACUUAAGUUCCAGCCAAAAAAAAUAUAACAACGUUCAUUCUUCGAUAAGGGUGGUGAUUGAGAGGGCGUUUGGUUUGCUGAAAGCACGAUUUCGCCGAUUGCAAAAGCUUAAUACCAGACGCCCCGAUGUAAUCCCAUUAUUAAUAAUUUCCUGCUGUAUUUUACACAACUUUUGUUUAAAAGAAAAUGAUUUCCUGAAUGAGGAAUUACCUUUAUCGGAAAUGUAUCCUAUUGUUCAAACAUCAAAUAAUACAGACACAAGCGGAAAUGAAAAGAGAAACGCUAUUGUACGAAUUUUAUAAAAAAUAAUUUGCGAAUAAAUUGAAGU